CAAACACAGUCAUCAUGAACUUUAAUUUGGCUGCUGUGCCGUGCACAGUUUGCCUCUCCGUUAAAAGAUUGGAUUUCGCCAGAUAGCCUAAGUUGGAUCUGAACAUUGACAAGUGGACUUUAAAAGUUCAAAAUGUGCGAAAUUCACAAUUCGUUGUCUUGUCUGAACAUAUUUUAACCAGGAUUGUAGGUCUAUUCUAUUUAUAGGUUGCUUUGAUAAGCCAAAUAAUUUUAUUAAUAGGUCACAGAUGGUAUAUAUGUUGCAAUAACUCCAUAUUUGAAUAUGCCUUCAUCUUACAUUGAUACAAACGACGAAGUUAAAUUUCAUAUGCAACUUGUGUACAACAUCACAAUGGGUGCAACUCUUUCAGCUACAUUAACUGUCUCCAGUUCAUUGCUUAAAGUAAUCGAUUGCAAUGCAAAAGGUUGGCCCGUUUAUCUACACUUUGAUGGGAUCAUGAUAAAAUCUAGUAUUGAAGCUGGUUCGACAUAUAACGCUAAUUUUACAACUAGGAUAAAAGAAAACGUUCAGCCAUACAGCCGUUUAAUUGUAGAUAUUGAAGCUGUCUUCUUUUAUACGGGCUUUGACUAUGAAACUAAAUUCUAUAAGUCAACUCCGAUUGUUCGCGCAGCUGUUCCAUCGAUAAAAUUCGGAGAACUUAUAGGGAACAAUGUUAGCGUUAAUGCUCAGUUUGUUAUGACGAUAGAAAUCAUAUUGCCUUUGUUACCUGCCUUUACUUUGCGCUCUGAAAUCACCACGGAUAUUGAAGAUUAUGUUUUCAUGAGUAUAGACAAUGUUACAGUAAGCUUCAUUGGCUCUGGUAUAAAGUUAAAUGGAAGUCAAGUAGUAAAGAAUAGUUCAAUUCAAGGAUAUGGAAAUAUAGAUAUUGUCAAAGGAGCUACAAUUGAUUUUGGCAACGUACAGGUAAGAAAGAAGUUUCAAACGCUACUUUUUAAACCUUGUAACUACACUUUGAAUUAA